CCAGCCACAGCCGCUCGUCCAGUAAUCGUCGAGAUCUGUCGUCGGCAGGGAACGACCACGUGUAACGCUAAUCAGGUCAUAUGCAUUUCGGAUGCCUGCACCACGCACACACCAGAACGUCACGAAAAUGCACUGCGUGCAUUUGGUGGUUACUGCCGUAUUAUGACCACCGAUGAAUUUAUCAAAGAACUACAGGGUAAGCCUACCGUUUACUUUUCAACAGUGCUUUCGACAAAAUCCGAAUUACUUUCGAGCGUUACACGUGGUCGUUCCCUGCCGACGACAGAUCUCGACGAUUACUGGACGAGCGGCUGUGGCUGGGUACCUGCCAAUAGUGCACUGACACCGCAGGAUGUAAUCGCCAACCCCAACCCAUGGGGUGCUCACGGUGAUUUGCGCCUGCUGCCAGACCGUAGCAGCCGAGUACAGGUCACCAACGGUCCGGACCCUUCUGCACCAGCAUUGGAUUUCAUCCACUGCGAUCUGAUCGAAACCCAUGGGGCACCCUGGGACUGCUGUCCACGCACGCUUCUGCGGAACGAAAUCGAACGUUAUCGUAACUCGUUAGGCUUGCAAAUCACCGCCGCGUUUGAACACGAAUUCGUUCUGAGCGGACGGGAAAGUCUCAGCUGUCAACCAGCAUUUUCACUCAGAGCCCAGCGUCAGGCUGCCGAUUUUGCUGGUUGGCUCAUGGUUGCUCUUAAAGCUGCGGGCGUCGAGCCAGAAAUGUUCCUACCUGAAUUUGGACAGAGCCAGUACGAAGUCACGUGUCGGCCAACUCAGGGCAUCGCUGCUGCCGACCGCGCCGUUAAUGUACGCGAGAUCACACGCGAAAUCGCCCGCCAGAUAGGUUUGCAUGCCAGCUUUUCACCAAUGCCAGCAGUGAAUGCAGUUAGCAAUGGUGUCCAUUUGCAUCUGAGUAUACAAGAUCUCGACGGGCGACCAUUGCUGUACCACGAUGGCCAUCGCUAUGACCUAUCCACUCUGGGCGAAAGCUGGGCGGCCGGCGUGCUGCGCCACUUACCGGCUCUCUGCGCGCUCACUGCACCAACGCCAGUGUCCUACCUGCGCCUCAAGCCGCACCACUGGAGUGCAGCCUAUGCCUGCCUUGGUUUACGCAAUCGCGAAGCGUCACUGCGCAUCUGUCCCACGGUGGCUCUCGGCGACAAAUCCGUGGCUGACCAGUAUAACUUGGAGUUUCGUCCCCUAGAUGCCACCGCCAGCCCGCAUCUGAGUAUGGCCGCCAUACUCAUCGCAGGACGCCUCGGCAUCGAGCAGGGAUUAACCCUGGAAGCGGUGACCGAUAUCGACCCACAUGAAUUGAGCGACGUCGAACGGAAAACCCGUAACAUUAACGCAUUACCAUCGGACCUCAGCUGCGCACUAGAAAUGCUUUCGAAUGAUGACGUGCUGCUACAGACGUUGCCUAAGCCGCUAACAGAAACCUAUUUCGCUUUGAAACGCGAAGAACUGAAAAUUAUCGGCGGACUCGACGAUGCUAGCCUCUGCGAACGUUAUGCACGUCUCUACUGA